GAUCGCGCAUAUGCUGCAACAUCCGCAUAGGUUCUGUACAGGAAACAGAAAUGAUUAGUUCACCUCUCGAGUCUUCGGGUUCGAGUCGCACUGCAUUCAGGGCGGUCAUGGGAUGAACGAACGAACGAACGACUUGAACCUGAAGACUCAAGAGGUGAACUAAUCAUUUCUGUAUCCAUGGAAUAGAUAACGUGACAAACGUGAUGCGAAAAGAACGACUCGGAUCGUGAGGUGAGGUGAACUAACAGACUGCAUAGCCUGAUGACCCAGCUAAACUAUUAAUGAAUAAUUUCUGUUUCUCAUCAUUCGGCCUUGACUGCAUUAUAUAGCCUAUCGUUUAUAUAAUUAUUUAUAAUUAUAUCCUAUAAUUUUUUUUUUUUAUUUAAAUUCCAAACGUGAUUAACGUUUGCAUAAGUACUAGAUGUGUUGGGGGAUUUAACACGUAACAUUUUAAUUAUAUUCUGCUUAAAUGAACGAAAUGACUUGAAAAAAAGAUUCAUUCAUUUUCCUGAACGAGAUUCAAAGAUCCGAGUCAGUAAAAUGAUCCGAACUUCCCAUCACUACUGUAGUAACCGUUUCAGUGGGAGUGCUGCUGGAAGUGGAACUUUACACGGCAAACACAGGCAAGCGGAGUGAUACACAGAGUGAAACGCCCCAGUGCGGUUAUUCUAAAUAUAAGCGUUCUUUGGAACGCCGCUCGACCAAUCAAAUUAGUGGAUCGGAACUAACUUGUGUAAAUGUCAAUACAAAUGUAACCCAGUGUUUCUAACCAUGGCAGGUGAUGUUCUUUCCCAAUGGCUACUCGUGGGAUUUAAUAGGUGGGUCAGGUGCGCGCUGUUGCCGUGUACAGUUGUGCUAGUCAGAGCUGUUGAGUGUGUACUUCAUUUAUAGAUUAGAACACAAUGGCGCCAGGAUUCUCGACACGAGCUGAAGGCUCUGGUUAGAACACAACUCCACGGAUUAGCCCACAGCUCGUGCCUCCUCCUCUGCAUGGAGUUCUUGAUCACAUGACCGAAAGUGGCCGAUUUGGGCUCGCGCAAAAGGACAGCGUCCCCACACACAUUAAUAAUAAUCAGCCUACACUUCCCAAAAUCCAAUUUUACUACAACUUUUAAUGACAUUUCCUUUCGGUUUGAUUGCAGAACUUUUUUUUAAAACAUUUUUUUUUUUAACGGAAUACAUUUUCGUUAUACUGGAAGAAUUUUGGCGCACGAAGUUUAAUAAGCGGCCGACAUGGAAAUUGGGAAGCUGGGACCGAGCGGCGGAAAAGCCACACAGCGGAGAGCUUAUUCAGUUCUCUAACGCGGAAAAUAAGCGAUCUCGAGGGCAGACGUGGUGGAUUUUGACGACUUCCCGGGACGUUCUGCCUCUUACUUGCUCUCCCGAGUUUUUGAUUCAAAGUUGAGGGGGCAAAAUGGCGGCCGAUUCCGUGCAGGUUCAGAUGACACUCCAGUGGUUUUGAUCUAUCAUGGAUCAUCGCUUGUGGAGUCCACACCAGCUCGAGUGCACGCUUGUCAUUCAUGGUGAUGCUCAGAGUCACAUGGUUUCGGAUCGUCUGAGCCUGAUGGGUCUCAGCGUGGACCUGUCUGACACCAUGGUGCAGCAGAAGCUGGACGAGAUCAAGGACGAGAUCAAGCGCGAGCUCCGCAAAGAGCUCAAGAUCAAGGAAGGAGCGGAGAACCUGCGCAAAGCCACCACAGACAAGAAGAGCCUGGCUUACGUGGACAAUAUGCUGAAGAAGAGCAAUAAGAAGGUGGAGGAGCUGCACCAGGAGCUGCAGGAACUCAACGCCCAUAUAGUAGUCAAAGACCCUGACGAGCUUCGAGUUUCAGAGUGCCCUUUGACUCCAGACACUCCAUGCAGCACCAACAGCAGUCGCCUGGCCGCACUCAAGAAGCAGAACGACAUCGAGCUCAAAGUGAAGCAAGGUGCUGAGAAUAUGAUACAGAUGUACUCCAACGGUUCCUACAAGGAUCGUAAGCUACUUGCCAUGGCCCAGCAAAUGCUCCAGGACAGCAAGACCAAAAUCGAGUUCAUCCGGAUGCAGAUCCUCAAAGCGAGUCAGACCAAUGAGACGAGUUACGAGAACAAUGACGUGCCUACAAACAAGUCUAUAAUCAGUCCUCUGGAUUUGCGGCUGGAGGAGCUGCGACAUCACUUCCGGAUCGAGUCUGCCGUGGCCGAGGGAGCCAAGAACGUCAUGAAGCUGCUCGGCUCAGGGAAAGUCACGGAGAAAAAAGCUCAUUCAGAGGCCCAGGCACGCUUUAACGAGUCGAGUCAGAAGCUGGACCUGCUGAGGUUUUCUCUGGAGCAGAGGCUGAGCGAGCUACCGCAGAACCACCCAAAGGCCAGCUUGAUCUCAGAUGAGCUCUUCAUGGCGGCGACGCCUCAGAGCCCACGCCAGAGCAUCAUCUCCUCUCACAACCAGUAUAGCACUGUGGCUAAACCAGCAGCUCUCACAGGAACAUUGGAGGUGAGGCUCAUGGGCUGUCAGGAUCUGCUGGAGAAUGUUCCAGGCCGGUCUAAAGCAGGAUCUGUGUCCCUGCCAGGCUGGAGCCCGAGUGAACCACGCUCCUCCUUCAUGAGCCGAACAAACAAGAACAAAUCAGGCAGCAGCAGAAACCUUUCCAAAGCGGACGAGCUGUCCAAUGAGAUCAGCGCUGUUCUGAAACUGGACAACACAGUUGUGGGGCAGACGAGCUGGAAACCAGUCAGCAAUCAGUCCUGGGACCAAAAAUUCACACUGGAGCUCGAUCGGUCUCGUGAGCUGGAGAUCUCUGUGUACUGGAGGGACUGGCGGGCUCUGUGUGCCGUCAAAUUCCUGAGGCUGGAGGACUUCCUGGACAACCAGCGUCAUGGCAUGUGCCUCUACCUGGAGCCUCAAGGAACUCUGUUUGCUGAGGUUACAUUUUUCAAUCCAGUCAUCGAGAGGCGACCAAAGCUACAAAGGCAAAAGAAAAUCUUCUCAAAACAGCAAGGUAAAACAUUCCUGCGUGCACCUCAGAUGAACAUCAACAUUGCCACAUGGGGGCGUUUGAUGAGAAGAGCAGUCCCAUCCGUCAACAAUUCCUUCAAUCCUCCGGUGACUGGGCUCGGAUCAGCGCUGAGCCCCGAAGCGGGAAUCCUCGGCCACCCGGACUCGCCGUCUCUGUCCAGUGAUAUGACCGUGACCAAAUUAGACUUUGACAAAGGUGCCACCCCUCCUCCAAAACGCCACCCCACCCCUGCUGCUGAGCUCGAAGAAGAGGAAGAAGAACCACCAUCACAAGAAAAAAUCCCUGACGGAAAUGAGGUGCAGGAUGCAUUAGCCACAUUUGACUUCCUGAACGACAGCCGGAACAGUACGGUGUCCAAGCCGGAAUAUGAUAAUCAAGUGGAAGAUGAAAUUCAGCAGCCUGAUCUAGAACUUACCGAGCAACACCAUGUUGAACCAAGGGAAGAGCCGGACGUCCAGUUCAGCCUCAAAGACUUUUCUUGUGUGGCUGUUCUGGGCCGUGGACACUUUGGAAAGGUCUUACUGGCAGAAUACAGGAGCACUGGGGAAAUGUUUGCCAUCAAAGCUCUGAAGAAAGGGGAUAUUGUUGCUCGUGAUGAAGUUGACAGUCUGAUGUGUGAGAAGAGGAUCUUCGAGACGGUCAACAGUGUCCGGCACCCGUUCCUGGUCAAUCUCUUUGCUUGCUUCCAGACCAAGGAGCAUGUGUGUUUUGUAAUGGAGUAUGCAGCAGGAGGAGACCUGAUGAUGCACAUCCAUGCUGACGUGUUCUCAGAGCCACGUGCGAUAUUCUAUGCUGCCUGUGUGGUCUUGGGUCUGCAGUUUCUGCACGAGCAUAAAAUAGUAUACAGGGACUUGAAGCUGGAUAACCUGUUGCUGGAUACUGAAGGAUAUGUAAAGAUUGCUGACUUUGGGCUCUGCAAAGAAGGAAUGGGCUUUAGAGAUCGCACGAGUACAUUCUGUGGCACUCCUGAGUUCUUGGCUCCUGAGGUCCUGACGGAAACUUCAUACACACGGGCAGUGGACUGGUGGGGUUUGGGUGUGCUUAUCUUUGAGAUGUUGGUUGGAGAGUCUCCAUUUCCAGGUGACGAUGAAGAGGAGGUGUUCGAUAGUAUCGUCAACGAUGAAGUCCGUUACCCACGAUUCCUCUCCACAGAGGCUAUCUCCAUAAUGAGACGACUGUUGAGGAGGAAUCCCGAGCGGCGCCUCGGUGCAGGAGAGCGAGACGCCGAAGAAGUGAAGAAGCAUCCGUUUUUUAGAAACAUGGACUGGGCUGCCCUGUUGGCUAAGAAGACCCGGCCUCCGUUCAUCCCCACCAUUAAAGGACGGGAGGACGUUAGUAACUUUGAUGAUGAGUUCACUUCAGAGGUUCCGAUCCUGACCCCACCACGUGAGCCCAGAAUCCUGACCGCCUCAGAGCAGGAGCUCUUCAUAGACUUCGACUACAUCGCUGACUGGUGUUAGCUUUUCCAGCUGACCAUCAACAGCCCACACACACUCAAUACUGUGAAGCAAACGGACAAACGAGGCUCAUCGCCGGAGAACGUCUCUGUAAGGACCACUUCCCUCUCUCUGCUUUUAGCUGUGCCAGCUGGCACGGUUUGUUUUUGUUUGUUUGUUUUUUGCUCUUCCCCCCAAAAAAUAGUUCUGAAGUCUUUCAGUCAGCUGGAAAAGUCACGGUAACCCAACAUGGCGCUUUUUUUUUUUUUUGUGGUCAAGAGCACUGGGAUUUCUCAUGAGUAGUCUCCACAUUUACAAGUUCUCUUCUUUAAUGAAGUCCUCUUUUGCCGGCUGUUCAGAGAAAACACUACAGAGCUUGUGUUCCAAGCUAAUAAUGCGUUCAUUUUCUAAUGAAGAAAAAAAAACACACAGUCUAACCGAGAGAAACAUACAGACUUGUUUUUUGAAGCUCAUAGACAAUCCCCACUUCACAACACUUAUCUUUUGAUCCGCAUAUUUAUUUAGUGUCUUCCUCCCCAUGGUGCCUUAAACUCAUCACAGAUAGAGGACUUCCAGAAAGUCAGCAUCAGGUACUGAAAACCUCCAGCACAGCACACACCGCCAAACCAGUUCAUUAUGCAAUCUGAGGAGUCCUUGGCCAAGACCACCCGACAGACCAACUUCAGUCUUGACUUGAAGAUGAAAAAAUUUCAUCUUUUGGUGGUUUUCAGACUUAAUUUCCACUUAAAUAUGUAUUCGUAUCAGUACUGAAAAAAGUGUAACUUAUAGUUUUCUAUGAUAUUUUUAGGAAAUUAGCAUCGUGGAUCUGCUGUAUGGUAUGCAUAUGUGCGUGUUUUUGUUUUUUUUUGUCUUGUUUGUUUUUUUAACUAUAUGAAUUUUAUGGUUAUCAUUAAGGAGAGGGCAGCUCAAAUCACAGAGCAAUCAUAAACCUGACAAAUGGAAUGUAAAAAUGUAUAUUCAUCAAAAAGAACACAAAAGUGUAUAUUUUUGGCACAUGGACCUGCCAAAGCAGCCUGUAUUUUUAAUAUUCUGUUUUUUAAGAUGAUCAUAGUGACUCUUCCAGAUCGUUCCUGACGUUCGGUCAAAGACGUUUUCACACAGUUUGUUGUUCUGUGUGCCAAGCAAUAAUCCUGUUUUGAAAAUCAGGACGUGGACAUUCGGGCAUUGCCCGGCGUUCCUCGUAGAUGAAAUCCCUGGAUACAAGUGUCUAAUCCAUGGACCGCUAACAUGCAACAGACUCUUCCCCUCUGUCAGAAGGAGCUCUUAUGGACUCUUGCCAAUGAUUUCACUCUGUGUAUCACCAACCCUUUUUCAAAUACACUCUGUACCCACAAUGGUGUCUGGUCUCUGUCUUUUCCUCUUGGUAAGGGCUGUAGUGGAAUGCAUGCCCAAAAUAAACAGACCGAGACCGUGCCAUAGGCCAUGUUUUUACUGAGCAU